CAUUGUAAGCAAGUAUGCUUGACAUCUGGGUUGAAUGGCUGAUAGUGGCUAAUAAUUAUUGUGAUUUUUUUGGAAAAUUGCAAAUAUUCAUGUAAAGUGUAUUGUGGUGACUGACCCUGUAGUGCCUGCGUUUGGACUAGAGUGUUUUCCGUUGAAAAAGUAUCAUUUUUCUACCUUUUUAUCUCGGUGUUGGAAUUUGUAGCAACUAAUAAUAUCGAGGUCAUUAUUUGCAAUGGCUGAAUUGUGAAGACGGCUUAAGACAUCGGAGACCGACAUGCAAAUGCGGCAAAACGUGUUAGAUAAAAAGUUGCAGUAGGAAGUCAUAUAUUGAACGAGAUUAACAACGAACGGGCUUCGAGUGAGGUUCGGGCCCCGAUUGCAGUGGCAGAGUCGGUUGUCGAGACGCCAGUCAAGAUGCAAGCGUCCUCGCCAGCGACGACUGUUACGGCCCCCACACCAAAUCCUUCUCCUGCGCCCAGCCAGAACCACAAGGCGACAAAAAGAUCUGCUAAAGAUUACAUUUUUGGAAAACUAAUCGGUGAAGGAUGUUACAGUACUGUCUUUCUCGCGAAAGAUAUUCAUACAGGCAAAGAGUAUGCAAUUAAAGUAUGUGAGAAACAUCAUAUCAUCAGAAAGAAGAAGCGUGAAUAUAUAAAGCGUGAGAAGGAUGCUCUGAAUAUGUUGUUCAAUGUGGCACACGGCUUUGUGAAACUAUACUGUACGUUCCAAGAUGAGGAGAGAUUAUACUUUGUUUUAUCGUACGCUAAAAAUGGAGAGUUGUUGUCAUGCAUAAAUAAGGUAGGCUCGUUCGAGCUGAAUGUGGCAAAACACUACGCCGCCGAACUAUUAAUGGCACUAGAGAAGAUGCACGCCAAGGGCAUAAUCCACCGCGAUUUGAAACCAGAAAAUAUACUAUUGGAUGAAAAUAUGCAUUUACGUAUUGCUGACUUUGGAACAGCUAAAAUUAUGGAUCCCGAAGAAAUUCGUGGAGGCUCACCUAAAACUAAUGAGAACGACACACAGAAUGAGCGGUCAAGGAAGAUUAGUUUCGUGGGAACACCACAAUAUGUUAGUCCUGAGUUGUUACAUGACUGCGUGGACACACGCGCCUCUGACCUCUGGGCCUUGGGCUGCAUUAUUUAUCAAAUGAUUUCCGGUCUACCUCCGUUUAGGGCUGCGACCGAAUUUCUUACCUUUCAAAAGAUUCUCAAAAUGGACUAUCAGUUUCCGGAAGGAUUCCCGGCAGACGCAAAGGAUCUUGUGGAAAAAUUAUUGGUUUUGGACCACACUAAAAGAAUCGGAGCAGACGAUAUGGGAGACAUGUAUGACAGCAUUAGGAAUCAUCCAUUUUUCAAUGGUAUUGAUUGGGAAAAUUUGUGGGAACAAACGCCUCCAACCAUCAGUCCAUACCUGCCAGGAGGUUCCUUCGAAGAAGAAUACAAUGUACCUGAUCAUCUAGAGCCCGGAUUGGGCAAUAACCAACUUGUGCGGCUUUGGGAGUUUGAUUUAUCUACAUCUAAAGGAAUUCUAAAUAUCAGCCCGGAAGAAAAACGUCGCCGUCUCGAAAUACAGUCUCGUGAAAGCAAAUGGCACCAGUUUGUCGAUGGAGAAUUAAUAUUAAAACAAGGGCUUGUUGACAAACGGAAGGGGCUAUUUCCACGACGUCGCAUGCUUUUGCUCACUACCGGCCCACGUCUCUUCUAUGUCGACCCGGCCAACAUGGUUCUUAAAGGAGAGAUCCCUUGGUCACCUGAACUGCGCGUUGAAGCCAAAAACUUUAGAAUAUUUUUAGUUCACACGCCAAAUCGUACAUAUUACUUGGAAGACCCAGAAUCAUACGCACUGGAAUGGGCGAGCGUCAUCGACGAGGUACGCAUCGAGACAUAUAGGCGAGACACGACUUAAACACCGGGCGGGCGACUGUCCCGAGUCGCGCGCCCUCGGGCCCCGUGCCCCGCUAGGAUAACUUUAGUGUUGAUUUCGAGCAAAGGCAACAACCAGGCGGUCUGCUUUCGGAAACUCGAUCGAGCUCGCGUCCUGGCCGCGCGGAGGAGCGGCGGCCGGCGGCGACGAGUGUGCGGUGUGACUAGUGUUCGCGUCUGCGCCGCUCGCGCCAUGCGCCGGACCGUGUUUUAUGAGAAGACGACGUCAGCUAUCGAUCGAUCACAGUGGAUAAUGAAUGACUGAUUCCUAUUAAUAGUAAUAUGUCGAGUAUCUUAAAUUAUUAUUGUAAUUAUUUAAGUUCCUUAUUUAACGUGAAUAUCAACGAUGAUGUGUAAAUAUUUGUCUUACUGCGAUCGCUUAGUUGUAGUGUAAAGUGGCCCCGGCGACGACACUCGACGCGGCCGGGCCUCCUGUAAGAAUGGACUAAACUUGUUAUUCGCCACCCGCGUGUUCACGAAGCCCAUUCCGGUUGGUAAAUAGACAAUUUGUAGCUAAAUAUUAUUUAUUUAUUUUUAUUUUGCCAACGGAAUGCGACUGCUGUACAGUUAUAUCUGUAGGAAAUUAUGAAUGUUUGUUUCUAUAUUGUACGUCGCAAGCACUCGUGACGACGACGGUCAUUAUCGAAGUAAGAAAAUAUUUAUUAUGAUUGAUAACUGCGUGCAGGUGGUAUGCCUGAUGAGCAUUCGUUAGGUGGCACUGUUAGUAAAGGGAGUGGUGGGAUGUGAGGGGAUAGUUUGUUGACGAUCUGUUCAGCCAGUGGGCGACACGUGUUCGUGUUUGCUGCGCCUGCGCGGUAUUGUUCUCUUCGGUCACACGACACGGUACGUGAGGGAAUGAUAACGCUUUCAAUGUGCAUAUUACUCGUGCACUAUAAUCCUAACUAGUAAAUGUAUACGGAUAGCGCCACCAAAGGUGACAAUUAUUGAAUUGCUUAUUUAAAUAUCCAGAUUGUGUAACAGAUCAUUUCUUUAAUUUAAACCAUUUAGCCAACAUCUAAGAGUUUAAUAUUGAGCGAUGAAAAUAUUAUCUAAUUGUAACUUGUGUUAGUAUUUUGUGUUGUAAUAAAAUAUAUUUCCAUAGAAAAUUCAAUGUCAUGGCAUGUGGUAGGAUUAAAUUAAUGUUAUUUAUCACGUAUUAGAUGACUACAUACCUAUUAAUUUAAUACUUGUAAUAGUCUAAAAUGCCUAAACUUGCCUGUAAUAUUAAUUAGGGCGUAUUGAAAAUUGGGAUUAAAUCCAUAGUUUAAUAUUAAACCCUCAUUUCAUUUAUUAGAAAAUAUUAGAUUAUAGGAGUUGUGCUAAGUAGGGGAUAUAGCGAACUAUUGUGGCGCCAAUGACAUGAAGGUUGUUAGUUUAAUAGCUCUUAAGUAAAUAUUGACAAAUAUUAUGAGCGAGAUAAAGUGAACAUGCGGCCAGCAGUUGUGUUGUUUUAGAAUUGUGAUUGAUACGGGUAAGGGUUGCAGGAGCGAAUGAAUUCUCUACAUGCGCCUCCAUUCCCUAUAGACGUUCAAGAAAGAAAGAGACGUAUUGGCCGCACAUUCGCUUUGUCAUACAGCGCUGUCACAAUGGGCUCUAUGUAAAUGUUUAGAGCUCAGACAGCAGCGGGUGACCUGUCAGACACUGCAGGUAGAUAGUAGUCAGGGGCGCCCUAUAAAGUCGUUUUGAUAGUGCAUUAUCGGCGAUCACAUUAAAUUGUCAGCGUAAAUUGGAUUUUCCAUGACAUUGUUAAUAAUAAAAUCUGCAUUUAAAAUUUAACACCUGUUAACUAUUGUAAUUUAUAUUUUACAACAUUUGUAUUGCAUAAAUUCCAUAAAGUACCAAAAUAUGAAAUUGAAAAUAAAGUAAAGGUUGGUUUAUAAA